GGAGUGGGACAGAGAUGUUCGAUGCCUUCAUCUGCUACUGUCAGAAAGAUCUCCAGUUUGUCCAGGAGAUGAUCAGGGAGCUGGAGCAAACCGAGUUCAAGCUGAAGCUCUGCGUGUUUGAUCGGGAUGUGUUGCCAGGAACGUGUGUGUGGUCCAUCAGUGGAGAGCUCAUAGAGAGGAGGUGCCGGAGGAUGGUGGUUGUCAUUUCAGAUGACUACCUGGAAAGUGAUGAAUGUGAUUUCCAGACCAAAUUCGCUCUUAGUCUUUCCCCAGGUGCCCGUCUCAAGCGGCUGAUUCCCGUCAAGUGCAAGACCAUGAAGAACGAGUUUCCGAGCAUCUUACGGUUCAUUACCAUCUGUGACUACACCAAUCCUUGCACCAAAAAGUGGUUCUGGACGAGACUGGCCAAAUCCCUCCUGCUGCCGUGAUGCAGAGUCAGGAGAGCUGGGUGCUCUUCUGUCCCCUGCCCGGGCUGUGCCUUUGGACCCUGGUGUCCUUCACGCAGGGUCUCCUGCCACUUCAGAGCCUUGAGCUUUGCAGCUGAUGUUUGGAGCCUGCGACCGGGAGCAAAGAAUUUUCUCUGGCACUUUUUUAUAACUCAGAAGGGGAA